GUCGUUGUUCUGCUAGCUUGAUACCAAUUUUACUGACUUGCUUGUGAUUCAUGUUUUGUUAGCUAAUCUGGCUAGCAGAUGUCGACUGACUGAACUUGUCUUCAGAUGAAUUUAUGUGGUAAGGCUUUUGCGUAUUCAUGCCUUUUCCCCCUCUGGUGAUAUUUAGCCGGUUGGAGCCCAUAAACCGGAAAGGUAAUACGUUAUGUUUUAAGGCAGGCAUAUUGAAUAACAGGAGUGCUACGAACCUAGCCUAGCUAACGUUUGCUAACUGGAGCUCUCGGAGGACCUCUAAGGACCCGCCUUGCUGUUAAUAUUUAUUCUUAUAGAGACAGCGGACUGUUACGUGACUUAUGCGUGAUGUUAAUUUAACCUUUAAAAUGCACAGUCACAUAAGGUAAGGGAUGUCCAUGAUCUCUUUACCGACUUUAUUAUGAAAUCGUUAGCUUACGUUUGCGCCGAGGCCCGUGCUACUGCAGGGCCAGUCAUUUUAAACAAGCUGAUCGUCGUUUAUCACACUGGAUAUACUCAAUGUCAGGAUAUCUGAUACAAAUGAAAACCAUGUAGCAAUUAAAAUAUUACAACCAUCAGUUUCUUUUAGGGUCUCUUUCAUGCCUGUUGUUAUUUUAAGCAUCACCAGUCGAGGUGAUGUCACCGACGUACAGGUGUGUUGUUAACGUUGAGGUUGUAAUGUCAGUCACGCAGGUUUUGUUUGCCUGUACCUUAUUCUGCUUACAUUUUCAUCACUCAAUUUACUGUACACAUCGACCAGUCAUUACAUUAUGAGCGCCGAGGCAAUCUAAUGCAACAGCCUCAUUAUGCUUUCUACUUUCAGGAAGCUUCUUAAUUUCAAGGUUUUGAGCCAUGAUCAGAACGGUUGUUGCUAUUAUUAUUAUGAUUAUUACUAUUGCUUUAGAUUUGUUGUUAAAGACUUAGUGAGAGGAGACACUGUGUGUCCAGUUAGGGGCUUUUCUGUGAUUUGUCCAUAUUAUUAGCAAACUUUGGAGGAGCAAAAUACCAGAAGCAGCUUUCAUUGAUGCAGUCCAGUACAUCACCUACCACAACUUCAGUGGUCGGUUUGGAGAACAUUUAUUACCAGUCAUACCAAGUCAACAAAAAAGUGACUAUGAGGAAGUGUAACUGUUGUACUGGGUUGCAUGUAGGGCUGGGCGAUAAAAUGAUAACGACAUAGCAGGGUCUUCCCUACAUGCAAUUGAUUGUGGCGCGCGGCCGUGGCAGCGCCACAGCUGAAAAAAAUUCUAGGGAAAACACUGUAUAGAUCGAAAAAUAAUUUCUCUCAAGAUCAAUAUAAAACACGGUCAAUAUGCUUUUCGAUAGUCGGCAUUCUGCAAUGUUUGGGUAGAUUAUACAAAUAGCUAAUGAAAAGGGGAGUUGCCCCAGGUCUGCUUCGUGCUGAACCAAUCAUGUGCUGAAAUAGAACCAAGUAGCAAACAACUGCUAUGUCGAGUACGUGUUCUCACAAAGUUGGGGUAUACCUCAAAUCUUUUUCCCCACCUGAAGCAAUGCCACGUGGCAGAGCACACGCAAUGCAAAAGGUUACAAACUCCAGUGCAGUCUGCUUUCUUUAGUGCAACGCCUUGCGACAAUACAUCGAAGAGACACAAAGACCUCACAGAUGCAGUAGCUUAUUGUAUUGCAAAAGACAUGCUUCCAAUAAGCACUGUUAAAUUUCAUUCUUUAUAUUGUGAUAUUGAUAUCGACUGACAUGAAAAAAAUAUAUUGUGAUAAACUUCUUCCCACAUCGCCCAGCCCUAGUUGCAUGAGAUCACCCAGGUGGCCAUUGUUUUAUGGCUGAUGGAUGUAGUGCGACUUACUUGACAGUGUCUAACAGCAAAAUGCAGAUUUUGUUUGAUCAUGUCUUAUGCAAUGCUUGCAGCUUAUAUUCUAUAACUGUGGCGAACAAUAUCUAUACAGUCAGUUUCCCAUCAACUACAUAAGUCAGGUUGUACUUCUAUAGUAAUUUUGAGUUUCGACUGUGACACCUGUGUGACUCUAGGUACCAAUGUAAUGAACAAGUUGUCUUUUUUUUAUCUUGGUAACAAUUUCAGCAUAAAACGGUUCAAACGCCACUCCUAGUGAAAGAGGAGAAUGGCACAUCAACAUAGUCCACCCCAGCUGCCCCAUAGGACGGAGCACCUGGAGCCUGAUAAUGAUUCCGACAAGGACUCUGGUGUUGGGGAGGAUGCAGGGGAGGAUGCUGACGGUUGCCAUGGAAGCACAGUAACAGAAGAUGAGAAAUUCAACAAGCAAGAUGGCACAGAAGAAAACAUGGAGGAAGGGGGGGAUUUUAAGGUUUUUGUUGCUUUUCAAGGGAAUAUGGAGGACGAGGACUUCACACAGAAACUUGAAACCAUCCUCAACGGCAUACCUAACAUGCUUGAUAUGGGUUAGUUUAUAUUUCUUCAAUUCUCAUUUAAUUUUAGAAAAAAAAAUGCCCACACUUACUGACAGAAGGGAGCUGCCCAGUACAAAUAUUCACUUCACAGCUCCUGCUGUUAACUUCAGCACAAUAAUCGCAUUGAAUUGUUGGAGCUAUCUAUAUUUUAUCAGGUACUGCAUUCAAAGUAAUGUGAUUAACUCGCAACAAUGCAACCAAACACAACAACAUUUUUUAAGAUGCGAGUUCACAGACAUAUCUUGGUUAAUAUCUUUGUGCACAUACCACUAGAGGUAUAUCUAGUUUCUUUGUUAUGGAAAAUAUAGUAUUGCAAAUGAUUCGCCAAAAAACAUACUAUGAUUCCUUGUGUUUAGUUACCUUUUGUAUAUUUUAAGCCAAGAUAUCGUGUUUUUCAUCACCCUGCUACUCAACCAAUAUUUUGUGCAGUGCUUUCAUCUAAUUUCCAUUCAUUGUCACACCUUUAGGCUCUCAACAGCUACAGCCACAACACGUGGAGCCAUGGAACAGUGUUCGGGUUACCUUCAACAUUCCUCGGGAUGCUGCAGAGCGGCUCAGAGUGUUGGCCCAGAACAACCAGCAGCAGCUCAGAGACCUGGGGAUUCUCUCUGUGCAGAUUGAAGGUAUCCCCAUGCCACAAACUGCCUACUAUUUAAAAACAAAUGCCAAAGGCAGUGUUCAGACGAAGGGAGACAGAACAAACCUUUUUAUAGACUGUUAGCUGUAAAUAUUCUGUCUGUUGGUUUUCAGGGGAAGGGGCCAUCAAUGUGGCUGUGGGACCAAAUAGAGGACAUGAGGUCAGAGUUAAUGGACCAAUUGGAGCACCUGGACAGAUGAGAAUGGAUGUUGGCUUCCCAGGUCAACCUGGUCCAGGUAUUGGCUCACUGGAUUGAUGAAAGUAGAAAUACAAAUAUGAAGAAGGUGUAUUUCAUUGAAUUAUUUUAGGAAAAUUGUUUUUGAUAUUUCUCUUUUAAUUUAUGGUUAGUCGAGUAUGUCUUUGUCAUUGAGUUUCUUAUUUUCAGUCUGCAUUAUUUUAUUCAUUUCUCAAGUCACUUGAAAAUAUUCGGUUUUUCCUUUUGCUAUUACUAUUUAACGUACAUCCAUUUCUUCAAGGAGGAGUAAGGAUGCCUAAUCCAUCAAUGGUUCCCCCUGGGCCUGGCAUGGCAGGUCAGGCUAUGGUACCGGGCAGCAGUGGACAGAUGCAUCCUCGUGUUCCCAGACCCCCUUCGCAGACGGGUAUGUUUUUUUUUUGUGUGUGUGUGUGUGUGUGUGUCAAAUGAAACAUGUCAUGAUUCUUACUAUCUUACAUUUGGAUAGUAAAAUAACAGGGGAGUUAUCUCCUCCACUCUCACAGAUGUGAUGGAUCCAAUGAUGCCAGGUAUGUCAGUUCAGCAGCAACAGCAACUUCAGCACCAACAAGCUGGUCCCCAUACCUCUGGCCAGAUGCCCCCUCAGGCUGCUCAUCACAUGCAGACUCUACAAGCUGGAAGACCUCUCAACCCUGCAGCUCUGCAGCAGCUACAACAACAGCAUCACCAACAGCAACAGGCCCAGCAGCAAGCUCAGCUCUCCCAGCUUGGACCUCGACCUCCAUUCAACCCAUCAGGCCAGAUGGCCGUGCCGCCAGGCUGGAACCAGUUGCCCCCGGGAGUCCUCCAGCAACAAGCUGCACAAGGAGGCCCUGCAUGGAGAAAACCACCACCGCAAGGCCAGAUUGUUCAACGCCCACCUUCUCUCGCUACAGUUCAAACUCCCAGCCAUCCUCCUCCUCCUUACCCAUUUGGCAGUCAGCAAGCUGGGCAAGUGUUUAAUGCCAUGGGACAGGGACAGUUACAGCAGCAACAGCAGGCAGGAGUAGGUCAGUUUGCCACCCCCCAACCGAAGGGUCCACAGGCUGGCCCCGGUGGGGUUGCAGGGUCACCUAGAGUCCCUCCACCCCUUCCACCAACAUCUGGGUCACAAGGCAACCUUACUGCCAAGUCCCCUGGUUCCUCCUCGUCUCCCUUUCAGCAAGGUUCACCAGGGACUCCUCCGAUGAUGGCUCAGAGACCCACAACUCCACAGGGGUUUCCCCAGGGUGUUGGUUCUCCAGGAAGAGCAGCCCUCGGCCAACAGGGUAACAUGCAGCAAGGGUUCAUGGGUAUGCCUCAGCAUGGACAGCCUGGGGCCCAAGUUCACCCAGGUAGGUUGUUGUCGAUAUCUGUUACUCGUUAAAUGGAAAAAUAAAAAAAAAGAAAGGAGAUAAAGAAAAUCACAUUUUCUGGUGUGAUACAAAGCUUGUGAUGUUGAGGUUCAACUAAAUUUUGUACUUGACUGUCUACAGAAACUUAUUAAUAUAACAAUUAUUAAUGACAGGCAUGCAAAAGCGUCCCAUGGGCUACCCAAACCCAAACUUUGUCCAAGGUCAGGUCAGUGCUAGCACACCAGGAACCCCAGGUGGAGGAGCCAAUCAACAGUUACAAAACAGCCAAGCAAUGACUCACACAGGUAAAAUGUCUUCAAAGCUGCAAAGUUUAGUAGGUAGUAGUUUUUGUCUUUUUUGGGAAAGUUCAUAUAUGGUUUGUUGUUUUUUUUUCUUUUUGCCUUUUACAUCAGGAGCCCAGCCACCAUCUUCUACACCGAACUCCAUGCAGGGACCACCCCAUGCCCAGCCCAAUGUAAUGGGUGCACAGAGUAGCAUGGCAGGUGUGCCCCCUGGUACAACUGCUGGGCCCAUUAUGGGACAGCCACAGCCUGGCCUCCAGACCCAGAUGAUGGGCCUCCAGCAUCAGGCCCAGCCCGUGUCCUCCUCCCCCAGCCAGAAGGUUCAAGGCCAGGGUGGAGGUCAAACUGUCCUCUCAAGGCCCCUGAGUCAAGGGCAGAGAGGAGGAAUGACCCCACCCAAGCAGAUGAUGCCUCAGCAAGGCCAGGGGGUGAUGCAUGGGCAGGGUCAGAUGGUUGGAGGCCAAGGGCACCAGGCCAUGCUUCUGCAACAACAGCAACAAAACUCCAUGAUGGAGCAAAUGGUUGCCAACCAGAUGCAAGGCAACAAGCAGGCAUUUGGAGGCAAGAUUCCUGCCGGGGUCUUGCCUGGACAGAUGAUGCGAGGCCCCUCUCCAAAUGUACCUGGAAACAUGGCUCAGUUUCAGGGCCAGGUUGGCCCACAGCAGAUGACUCCACAACAACAGCAACAGCAGCAAAUGGCUCAACUUCAACAACAGCAAUUACAACAGCAGCAGCAGCACCAGUUGCAACAGCAACAACUCCAGCAGCAGCAACAACAGCAGCAACAACAACAACAUCAGCAGAUGAACCAGCAACAGUCCCAGCAGGUUCCUAUUCCUGGGAAUCCUAAUCAAGUUAUGGGCAUGCAUGGACAGCAGAUGAGGCUCCCUGCUGGCCAUCCUCUUAUUCAGCAACAGUUGCAACAGCAGCAGUUACAACAGCAGCAGAAACAACAGCAACAAGCAAUGUUACAACAGCAACAGCAACAGGCUGCUCAACAACACCCACAUGCUUUGGGAGAUCCUACUAGUGGGACAGGAGACAUGGGCGUCCAACAGAUGGUCCCUGACAUGCAGGCACAGCAGCAAGGCAUGAUGGCAGGCCCUCAGCACAUGCAGAUGGGGAAUGGUCAUUUUGCAGGUCAUGGGAUGAACUUUAAUGCACAGUUUCCUGGUCAGAUGCCAAUGGGAGGACCCUGUGGACAGGCAGGUGGCUUUCCCGUCAACAAGGAUGUAACACUGACAAGCCCACUGCUGGUCAACCUGCUGCAGAGUGAUAUUUCAGCCAGCCAGUUUGGGCCAGGGGGAAAACAGGGGGCAGGAGCGGGUAAUCAGACCAAACCCAAAAAGAAAAAACCAGCUCGAAAGAAGAAGCCAAAAGAAGGAGAGGGACAACAGCAAGGAGAGGGACUUGGGUAAUUUUUAUUUUUGUUAUAGUUUUACUUUUGCAAUUGUUAAAAAUGAAUGUCAGUCUGAUUGCUCACAUUAAUUUAAUUGAGCGCCAUUCAUUUCAUCACUUUUUCUUAGUGGUCUUGAUGCUGCUUCUGGCAUGGAGGAUUCUGAAUUACCUAAUCUUGGGGGUGAUCAAAACAUGGGCUUAGAAAGCGCUGGUCCAAAACUCCCUGAAUUUGCCAACAGGCCUGCAGGUAAAGUACAAAGAUUAUUAAUAUUAAUAGUACUUUGUAUUUGCAUAUAUUUGCUAAUCUAGCUAUCUGUCUUUGCAUUUCUUGAAUUUCACAGGCUUUCCUGGCCAGUCUGGGGACCAGAGAGUAUUGCAGCAGGUGCCCAUGCAGUUCAUGCAGCAGCAACAGCAGCAGCAGCAGCAACAACAACAACAACAACAACAACAGCAGCAGCAGCAGCAGCAACAACAGCAACAUCAACAACAACAGCAAAUGCAGCACAUGCAACAGCAGCAAAUACAACAACAACAACAAAUACAGCAGCAGCAACAAAUGCAACAACAAAUGCAACAGCAGCAGCAGAUGCAGCAGCAACAACAAUUACAACAACAACAACAACAGCAGAUGCAGCAACAGCAGCAGAUGCAACAGAUGCAGAUGCAGGGUCUCCAGAAUGCUCAAGGUCAACAGGGUAUGACUGGGCCGCAGACUGCAGGCCAAGCCCAGCCCCAGCUGCACCCUCAUCAGCUCCAACAACAACAACAACAACAACAACAACAGCAGCAGCAACAACAACAACAACAGCAGCAGCAGCAGCAAGGUCAACAGCCACACCUACAACAGCAGGUAUUAUAAAUUAUGCUCAUUUGCAUUUCUGACAUUAUUUGGAAUGAAUAAAUCAAUAGUAGUAUCUUUUCCUAUCUUAUAUUGCCACAAAUUUUGUAUUUCAGCAACAACAGCAGAUGAUGAUGAUGCUGAAGAUGCAGCAGGAACAGGCAAAGAAUCGCAUGUCUAUCCCUCCAGGAGGGCAGCUCCCUCCUCGUGGGGUGGGUAACCCGCCGGAGGUGCAGAGGCUUCCUGUCUCACAGCAAGGAAACAUGCCUGUAAUGAUAAGCCUUCAAGGACAUGGAGGAGGGGUACCACCAUCACCUGAUAAAGCCAGGGGUAUGCCCCUGAUGGUGAACCCACAGGUGAGGGACAGAAUAUGUAGAUUUGAUAUAGCCAUAAUUAUUAAUAUUGUUAUUAUAAUCCUGCGUUGAGGGUUUCAUAUUACAGAAAUUGUAUUGUUUUCAGACACAUCAACUUUAAUUCUAAUGAAAAUAACAGUCAUAGUGGUGUAUGACUUACAUUUUAUUCAAAUUAAACCUAUACCGAGUUCUCUUUUUCUGUCUAUUGAGUAAAAUGUACUUUGUUUUUGUCUGUCUAGCUUGCAGGUGUUGCACGAAGAAUGUCACACCCUGAAGUAGGGCAGGUUCCCCAAGGGACUGGAUCAGAAGAAUCUCCUGCAGGGACCCACCCAAAGCAGGACAGGCCCAGUGGCCCAGAAAUCGGGGUGCAACCAGGAAAUGGGACACAACACAUGAUGGCCAACCAAGCCUCCAACACUCACAUCAUGAAACAAGGCCCUGGCCCGUCACAGAUGCCCCAGCACACUGGAGCCAGUCCUCAGCAACAGUUACCCUCACAGCCUCAGCAAGGAGGUCCCAUGCCAGGCAUUCAUUUCCCUAACGUCCCAACAACAUCACAGAGCUCCAGGCCCAAAACUCCCAACAGGGCCAGCCCAAGGCCCUACCAUCAUCCCCUCACCCCAACAAAUCGUCCACCAAGUACUGAGCCCUCUGAAAUCAACCUCUCUCCUGAAAGGUUGAAUGCCUCAAUUGCAGGGCUUUUCCCUCCUAAAAUCAACAUUCCGCUUCCCCCCAGGCCUAACCCUAACAGGGGGUUUGAUCAGCAAGGUCUUAACCCUACAACUUUAAAAGCCAUAGGGCAGGCCCCUCCUGGUCUAACUUUACCAGGCAACAACAAUAAUGGUAGUGGCGGUGGAAAUAACGCUAACAACAAUCAGCAGCCUUUCGCAACUGGCACUGGAGCCGGAGGUCCAGGCACUAAACAGGACAAGCAGCCAGGGGCACAGGGUAAAAGGGCAAGUCCUAGCAAUAGUCGGAGAUCAAGUCCAGCCUCUAGCCGCAAGUCAGCCACCCCAAGUCCAGGGAGACAAAAAGGUUCAAAGAUGGCCAUCAGCUGCCCUCCUAACCACCAGCAGUUGGUCAACAACCAGGGGCAAACACUGAUGCUUAGCCCUACCUCAGUACCACCAAGCCCAGUGUCUAUGCCUUCACAAGUCAGUGGGGGCAUGGAGGCACAGCAGUCUCAGGGCUUCUUCCACGGGAUGCAAGGAAACUCUAUUGAGGGAGUCAGGGAUGGUCAGGGAAUGAUGACAGCAGAACAGCGACACAUGCCUCAGCCUCAACCCCAUCCACAGCCUUUGAGAGAGUUAUCAUCUCCCAGAAUGGCAAGUCCUCGUUUCCCCUUGCCCCAGCAGCCUAAACCUGACUUAGAAAUGCAGGCUGGUACAGUUGAUAGGCAGCCCACACAAGCAGCGCCUUCACAGGACUCUGAGGUCUCACCCACUGUCAGGACAGCUCCGACUUCCCUCAACCAAUUACUGGAUAACACGGGUAUCUCUAACAUGCCUCAUCGGUCCACACAGAAUAAUCCUGUAAGGGAUGUUUUGGGAAAGGACAGCCCAAAGUCUACUUUAGAUUCAGAGAGACCAGUCCUCAGUAAUUCCCAGACUACAGACAUGUCAGCUUCUGUCCCAACCACUGCCGCUGUAACUGAGUCAGAACUGAAACCCAGACCUGCUGUCACAGUCCCUACCAGCAGCCCCAAUUUGCAGCCAACUUCAACUCCCAGCUCACAUUCGAGCACUAACUUCAACUUAAAUACUGCCCCCAGCCUUAACCAAAACCCAGUUUCAAGUCUUGGUGUCAAUCCCAGUCCAAACCCAACUGCUACUCUUAGUGCUAACACUUCUGCCACCACAAGUGUAGCGCCCAGCCUAAUGACUCCCAGUCAAAGCAGUUCUGCCUUGACUGCUAGUACCACUUCUAAUCCCAGCUCUGUUUUAAAUCCACUGAGUUCAUCUCUAAAACUAAGCCCGAGCCCAAGUCCUAAACCAGUGACAAGUGUUCACUCUGUAAUACAAAUCCCUUCUUCUUCUACCACCAUAUCUCCUAACCAAAUCACUGUAUUUGUCACCUCCAACCCCAUCACCUCCGCCCCCACUCCCCAAGCACCAACAUCUAUGGUCUCCACCAUGGUGGCCGUCCCUAACAAAAACAUCAGACCUCAGGACAUUCGACAGCAAACCCCUGUGCCCAGACCUCAGUUUAUCACCACCACCCCUGUGUUCAUCAACCCAAUUUUCCAAGUCCCAGGUGCAUCUGUGGCACCAAACACAACAGUGGUAUCCCAGUCGGUUACUAUGGUAGGGCCUCUCCAAGUCUCCACUGCAAAUAUUCAACUUUCUCCUGCCCCAAGUUCCACCCAGUCAUCAGUGGCUAACAUGUCCAGCAUUCAACCCACUAGAAGCACUGUUGGACAGGCCCAGGUUGCCACCAGUGUGUCCUCAUCAGUCCCAGUUACUCUUCAGCAAACUAACUCAGGGGUACUCAAAACAGAAAAUCUUACUGAGGCAGGUCCUACUCAGAAAUCUAGCCCCCCGAUCCAGCAGCCCUCAUCCCAACCAAGCCCUUCAGCUUCAUCUCCCUUUCAGCCUCCCCUGGCUUCUCCUCCACCAUGCUCAAGUCCUGGAGCUGUAAACACCAUGCGAAAGAGCCCCAUGUCUCCUUCCUCCUUUAUCCAAGUGAAAGGGAAACCUGCACAGGCUCUGGCAGCUGUUAGUGGUUCAGCUGAGUCCCAGCAGAGUCCUGUAGAGAGGUCUGCUCAGGGGCCCGCAGUGGCAGCACCAACACAGGUCUGUCAUCCACCUGAUGGUCCUGCCUGUCAGAUCGAAGUAUUAGUCCCCCAAACUUCUACUGCUGCUGCUGCUUUAAACAACGUUGCACUGCCUGCAAUUUCCUCUCCAACUCCCAUUACAGGUCAGGUCGCUCUUCCUACUCAGAUUGUUACCCAAGCGCCAUUGUCUGUACCUGCUUCAGUUUCAAGCCCAGCCCAGGGUGUAACCUCCAAAGCUCCUAAUGUCACUGUGGUUGGUACUACCACAAAUGCCCCUUCUGCUACUUUGCCCUUACCUUCCUCUGUAACUCCUGAACAAAGUCCAGUACCGUCCAUUGUUUCCAGUGUUUCGGGAACUGGACCUGUUCAGGAUGUUCAGCCUGCCACAUCCUCACCAGUUGCUAACUCCAGUGGAGUUUUGGCAGUUCAGUCAGAACCCUCUGCUCUGGAGCCCCUUAUACAGCCAGCUGCAGCACCUGCUGAAACCUCUCAGACCUCCCAAGGUAAACAUGCAACUGUUAGCUAAAAGCACUAAUGUGCUUUUAAUGAUCACUUAGGUGUGCCAGCACAAAAUUGACACAAAAUUGAAAUGCUUUCAAAAACACCUUUUAGUCACUGAUCUUUUUGUUAGUCCUUAAAAAACAAGAGUUUUAUAUCUUGAACUGUCAUCUUUGAAGUUUCACUUGUUUCCUUUUGCAAAGCAUGGUCUGUUACUCAAAAAAUUGUAGAAAAAAGCUCCAGGUUUGGCGGGUUAAAAAAAGCAAGUUUAACAGAAGCUUCAGGAACUAAUUAUUUACAACUGCAUCAGCGAUUGUUUUAUGCCAAUACCGUUAAACCCAAGCUUUAUAAAAAUAACAUACUUAAGACUCCUGUUUGCAUAUGGAGCCAAACUCAUAUACAGUUAAUACCCAGUCAUUUUGUCAUACUAUAAAGGGGACUCAACAGCCACAUGUCAAAGUGGUCUUGGACAGUGAACCCCAAUUUGCUCCUGAAGUCUUACCAUUGUUGUGUGUUUUUACAAGUGAUGUACAGUCCAUCGCUUUUUGUAAAAAGCCUGUUUGUGUCAAUUUGUACAGUGUAAAGGUGUUUUGGUGGUCAAAAAGAUAGAAAACAACUAAGCUGUUCAAUAUUCUGAUCACAUAUUCUCCAAAUCUGCUGGUGAAUGCGCUUGAGCUCAGCAGUUUAAUGAUGGCUUCCUCUUCACUCACCUGUCACACUUCAUAGCAGUGAUACAUUAUGCUGACUCUUUACAUGUCAGAACAUCAAUGCAGCUAUUAGAAAUAUUCAAUUUAACUGGUAUUUGUUCAGGUCUGAGCAUUUUGAUUCAUAUUUUGGCAGCUGAUAAUACAUUGAUAAGAAGAUAAUACAAAUACUCGAAGUUCGCUUUGAAAAAUGUGUCUGUUACAUUAACUGAUUCUGUCUUCACAGCACCUAUUCAACCAGAAGCCCCACAAUCACAGGAACCUGUUCCCAGUGAGAAGACAGGUAUUUCAGGUUAUAUCUUGGUCAUUAACAAUACUUGAAUUUUAAAUGGAGCUACAUCUACAUCCGAUAUGACUCACCUGAAAAUUAGUGGCAAAUUGAUAGUUGUUGUUUUCCCCCUGUUCAGGUGAAGAGGUCUCGACAGGAUCCGAGCAAGGGUAAGAUUUCUCAGAAAGACACUUGUGUUCCUUUAACUGCUGUGUAAUGAUUCAUGUGCUGGGGUCUAUUAAGGUGUCCCUUUGUAUUGCUCUCUGAAAAUUUGGCAUAGUCUUUAGACCUGUGCUUUUGAUGGAGAAAUGCUUAGACAUUUCUAACUCUACUGAAACUCAGGGAGUACAUUUGGUUGGCCAAGAGGUUACAUGGUGAAAUCAAUGAGCCACGUGGCCUCAGCGCUUGGUAUGUAUGAUUAGCAUGCCACAAUAUAAUUAUACUAAUGCAUGCCACUUUCUUAAACUACUAAUGCAUGCCACUUUCUUAAACAAAGAACAGCCUAUCUUAAAGCAAAUUGUACCACUCCGCUGACUUAUUUAGGCCAAUCUCUUUUCCUGGGGAUUGAUUUGGUGGGAAAGUGAAGUUGUGUAUUUUCAGCACAGUUUAUAGUUUACCGCUGUUUUUCCACUUCUAUCACAGAUGGGCAAAGAAAAGAAAGGCGCCCAUCAACUUAGAUCCAAGGUAUGUAUUUUAACAUGUUUACGCUGCAAAGUCACAAGCAGUAAUCAUGUCGACGUAGUGGAUGCUGUCGGGAUGAAGAUGGACAGUAUCUGUGGUAGACGAGGAAAAACAGCAGAGUCCUGAGUGGUAUUAUACCUUUCUCUGAGUAGAGCAGAGUUAACGCACACCUUAGCGUCUCUAUUAACAUGUCCCUGUUUUGUCCCUCCUCUUUGUCGUUUGUUGUUUUUUUUUCCUGUCUGGUCCUCCCAGAGCUGCUGUGGAGAAGCCCAAGGGACCGAGUCGACGCAGCUCCCGGGCAGAGAAGGAGGUGGAGGAGGAGCCAGUCCCGGACAGUGGCAUUAGGAAGAGAUCAGCGAGGCCUGGAACCAGUGCUGCUGUAAAAGGUCAUUUAUCCAAACCAGCAACUUUUGAAAUCGCUAGGAGUACACCUUAUAUCAGGGGUGUCAAACUCAACCACAGCAAGGGCCAUAAUCUGGAUUUAGGUCCAACCUGAGGGCUAAACAGGGUCAACAUUUCACCAAAACUGUCAACCUCCUUUUCAAAAAAUAUGCAAAACAAAAACAACAAUAAUUAUAAAUCAUUUGGAAAUUCAAAAAAGAUAAGUUUAAAGGCAACCUGAGAUAGAAAAAUGUAUUUUCCCCCACAUUCUUGACUAUUUAUCAAAUCUUCCUUAAUCUUUAAUCAAAAAAAUCAGAGCAUGACAUUAAACAUAGAAAAAUAAUGCAUUUAAAGAGCGAAUACAUAAGGAUAUCAUUGAAAUCAGGUAUAAAAGGUCAAAAUAUGACCUAAAAUUUAAAACAAAAUAAAAGCAUGAAAUGAAAAAUCCAAUUAUGUUUGACUUGAUUGACAGAUUUGGCCCCCGGGCCUUGAGUUUGACACCUGUGCCUUAUAUAAACAAAUGUCAUGACAACCUUUUCACUCUUCUCUCUCUCUCUUUUUAACAGAGACUGGAGCAAGUCCAACCCAGGCCAAACGAAGGAAGUCUAAAUAAGCCUGUGAACUGUACUGUAAAUGUUUUUGUUCCCGCUGUGAAUCAAUGGAUAUCGGUUUCAGUGUCCCAGAUCAUGAAUUUCACUGGAUGAAGAAACCUUGUACAGAUUGUUUUAAAAAUAAUUAUGCUCUUGUUUUGUCCAUGCUAUUACAUGAGAUUGUAGGUAGAAUGUGUUUGCAUACAGUAUGUGUUUUGUGUGAAUGUGCUUUUUAUAUUAAAUGCUGGAUUAAUCAUGUGAAGACUGAUAAAGCUUG